GUUCCUGUAUCAUUCGAGAGAAAGAUUGCUUUGUGAAAUCACUUCGGUGGUUAUCGUGUUCCGAAGAGGAGGCCUGUAUUUUGGACUAUAUCUGAGAUCAAUCGAAACAUUUGAAGUGGUCCAGUGCUGUCUUCUAAAAGAAAACACUUAAGGAUUUUGCGUAAGGCACGUAUUUUUUAAAGGCAGAGUUAGGGUGACAUUGCGGUCUCUUUAUAUCGAAUAUAACGUCGCCCGACAAAAAAGGGAAAGUGGGGCAUUGUCCAUCGUACGUAUUAACGCAGUGGGAUUUUUACGUCUGGUCCGCGUUUCCACCCACCCCUCCCGCGUUGACGGUGAUGGGUCGGAAGCGGUGUGUCGGUGCAGAUUGUUCCAAGAUGGCGGCUGGGUGCUGCGGGGUGAAGAAGCAGAAGCUGUCGGGAUCCCCCGGGUCUGGGGGUCCUGGCGGGGUGGGGGCGGGUAACGGGGUGGUAGGGACCGGACAUUGUGGCUCGGACUUGGGGAUUGGUUCCUCCUCGACUGUGGUGGCAGGGAACAUGAAUCGAGUGAACGGCCUGGGGGGUCCUGGGGGUAGUAGUAGUAGUAGCAGCACCACCAACGCAUUGUCCCCAGCCCCAGGAGGCUACAACUCAACUGGCAUCUCCCCGAAUCUUAGCCCGGGAUGUGGUUCGGGAAGUGGAGGCAGGAAGAUGGUUGUUUCAGCGGAGAUGUGUUGCUUCUGUUUCGACGUGCUUUAUUGCCACCUGUAUGGAUACCAACCUCCCCGAACACCCAGGUUUACAAACGAUCCCUAUCCGCUGUUCGUCACAUGGAAAAUAGGCAGAGACAAGCGGUUGAGGGGAUGUAUAGGUACAUUUUCUGCCAUGAACCUGCACUCAGGACUCAGAGAGUACACCCUUACCAGUGCCCUUAAAGACAGCCGUUUUCCUCCCAUGACGAGGGACGAGCUGCCACGCCUCUUCUGCUCAGUGUCUCUGCUCACCAACUUCGAGGACGUCGGUGAUUACCUUGACUGGGAGGUGGGUGUUCAUGGCAUUAGGAUAGAGUUUUUCAAUGAAAAAGGAUCAAAGCGCACCGCCACCUAUCUACCAGAGGUCGCAAAAGAGCAAGGAUGGGACCACAUUCAGACCAUAGAUUCCUUACUACGAAAGGGAGGCUACAAAGCUCCCAUCACAAAUGACUUCAGGAAGACCAUUAAGUUGACCAGGUACCGUAGCGAGAAGAUGACGAUGAGCUAUGCGGAGUACAUCGCCCACCGCCAGCACCAUCACUAUCAGAACGGCAUCGGGCAUCCUCUACCACCAUACAACCAUUAUUCCUGACAGCGAGCCGCAUGACCAAUCACUGAACCUCUCUGCGGACCUUUUCCCAGGAGAGCCCGCCCCCUCCUGGUCUAGCUAUCUCUACUACUGUACCAUUUUAUGAUGAUAGUUUCCGUUGCCAUGCUGACGCUCUCCCAGACGUUGACGUGGCAACGGGUGGCAAAAUAAGCAUAAAUUGAUAAUGACGAGUAAAAACAAACCUUUUUUUCCCCUUUUUAUCCUCCUAUUGAUUUAGUUUUUGCAGCAUAUAUAUUGAUAUCUAUAACCCCUUUCGUUCAUAUUUUUGACAAGUAAACGAAUACUAGAUUUUCUUGAACUUUGAUUAUUUUCAAAGAAUCCUAAUCAGGUUUUUGAUUCUGUGGAUGGAAGCAAGUCAUAUAUGGUGGACUAGUCUUGCAUAAUGGUAUAUGCUCAUAUUUUGUGUAGGCUUUUCUACAGUGUUCCCUUCUUUUAGGAAAAUGUGUUUUUCUGUUGAAUCCUUUCUUAGUAGCCUGAUUGACAUUGUGCGUAUCAUGUAGCAAGCCAUCAGCAGUUCUGGAAGGUUGCAUCAUUUCCUCAAUUUUGCGAUUCCUCUCAAAAAAGUAUUGACUGUUAAGGUUGGUUUGGCCUUUGUAAACCGUUGUAGUGAUGUAAUUGAGUAGAUGUUGGGACGUGUAUACCCAAGAUUUUACAUUGUGGGGUUCUGAUGCCACACAAACAAUAUUAGCUGGUCUUUAUUGCGUUACCCUACAAACCUGUUUGCUCUUCUGUGUGUGGUUAGCCGUUUGUUAAGUGCACAUCUGACAGGACAUUGAAACUGACACAUUAAAUUAGGAAUAGGAUCAUGUCAAAAUAUUUCCCAGGUUGCUUGACAGAGCCUUUCAUUUCCACCGGAGUGUUCAUGGUGUUUUUGAUAAACACUUCUAGACUUCAUUUUUUAAUUCAUUUUUUAAAAAUUGAACCUUUAUUUAACUUGGCAAGUCAGUUAAGAACCAAUUCUUAUUUACAAUGACGGCCUACACAGGCCAAUUGUGCGCUGCCCUAUGGGGACUCCCAAUCAUGGCCCGUUGUGAUACAGCCUGGAUUUGAACCAGGGCGUAUAAUGAUGCCUCAAACACUGAGGAAGCAGUGGCUUAGACCGCUGCGCCACUCUGAAACUUGAAUUGAAUUUGUCCGGCUACAGUUAUUAUUUUCCCCCUCUCAUUAAAACUUGAUAAAUGUAUGGAGGAAGCCAAUUUAGCUUCAAAUUAGGUUCUGUUCUUUGUCAUUUUGAAUCGGGCGAGGAAUGAAUGUGAUCUACAGGGCUGGAGGAUAUGGUUGGGUGGGAGAGUUGACUGCAGAGUACAGACAAAUAAUGAUCCAAGUCAUUGACCUCUGAGAAAAAGUCCUUCGUCCUGUUAUUCCAUGCCAGUUAGUUUGAGAGGAAAAACCAAUGAAUGAGACUUGAGUCUAGUGACGGGCACAUGCUAAAACUACUACAAGCCAUAUUCUCUUUUUAAUACAUGCUUUGUAAGAGUGGUAGUCUUUUGCUGUUUGCUUUUCGUCCCUCUAAUAAGUAACUUCUCCGUGUUUACUUCCUCUACGAGUCAACUUUAUUCUGGUGGCUUUGGUCCCAAAAGUUGUGUUUCCCCUCCGAUUGUGCUCUGUGCUUGGUCCUUUUUAGGAAUCUGGGCCUGUGAGACAUUAUCUGGCCUUCCUCUAGUUACUCUGUGGACAUGGGUUAGCAUCAAAGUUUGAACUCCUUUGUCCUGUUUGUGGCCUCCUCACCUCCAAUGUUUACAUCCACAUAUGUUACAUGCUUGAUGACUGCCCGGUUGCCAUAGAUGUGCACUUUCAUGUGCUCUCGUCAAACGUUAGGAGCUGCUGUGGAGGCUACUGGACUGAGUAGCUAGCUAAUGUUAAACCCCUGACUCUGAUCGUCGUCGGUUAAGUUGUUCAAAUCACCCCUCCGUUAUUUCCUCUUCAUGACAUGCUGCUGUUGAGGCGCUUGCUGGUUUCAGGACAAGUUACUCCCCAUCCCUGUGCCACUAGAAACCAUGCAUAGGUUGUUGGUCUGUCUUGUCAGCUGGUUUGCAGCAGCUUCUGGCUGAGUUGGUGGGAACCGAUGCAGAGGGAACUAGUAAAGGGUGGAUCAAGCUGCAUUUAAUCAAACUCUACAUAAAGAGCCAGGGCUUUUAAAGGAGCAGGGAAGACAUUUCCCCUCCCCCUCCUAGUAUUCUUCAUUGUCAGUCACAUCCACGUCCAGUAGUUGGUAUGUUUUAACAAGUGUCGUUGAGGGUUAUCUCGUGACCUCUGUGUAGUGUACAGGAUUUGAUUUGUUUUUUUUGUGGUGACUGACAGUUUUGAAGGGUGCGUGUAAAAAAAUAACAAAAUAAACGUAUUUUCGUAACAGCCUUUACCAACUGACAGUAGGGUAAAUCCAUUUAAUUUAAUUUUUAUAUGCAAAAUGUUAAGGGCUUUUGGCACUCCAUCCACAGUAACCUGAAAUGACCCAGAUUUCAGUUGUGUUGCCUUAAGGAAUGAUUAAAUAAAUAUGGACCGGUAAAAUGGUGCCCUGAGUGUUCCUCUGUCCCGUACUGUUGUCUAACCCUGACCUCAACCUACAGGGCAGUGAAGGUGAACCGGAUUCACCCAUUCACCCUCGGAUAGACACAUUAUCGUAGUGGGAGGCAGAUGGGAACCUUUUGUGGUCAGACAGGCUACUACAUUAAUAUAGUCUAGUGUAGAAGUGGUUCAGAUGAGCUCAUCUCACCUGUUUACUGUGGUUCCCUGCUCAGAGAUUGGAUGGCCUUUCCAUCAUAUCCUCUUGGGGUCAGGGAACUGAUGCCUCAGACCAUGCUGCUUAGUAAUAUUGACAGGACAAAUUGGCCUACUUAAAGAGAUAUUUUGCCCUUGUAGUUUGUCACAAAAACAGUUUUCAGAGAACUGUGGGAAAAGCUAUCCUUGCUGCUGAACAGUCAGGUACCCAUUUUCUGGUCCAUUAAAUACAGCACAACCUGUACUUUUUCUGGUCAUGCUGCAAAAUCAAGUCCACUGCUGUCUUUUACAUGCUUGCUGAUUUUUAUAUAUAUAUAUAUAUAUAUAUACACACACACACAUGCAAUCCACUCUGUUGCAUGUGUAUAUAUAUAUACAUACACACAUGCAAUCCACUCUGUUGCAUGUGUGUAUGUGUAUAAAACAUGCAGAAUGGUUAAAUCCAUGACAUGCUUGAUCUACGGUGUAGAGACUCAUAACUCGUUAAAAAAAAGAGAAAAUAAAUCAAAUGGUGCUAUUGGACCUCGUGUUGGGGCGGUCGCGGGUUUCGUGACUGGUCAUGCGGACUCAUCGAUCAUAUCCAACGUAUUAUCCUUGAUAUAUGCAGAUCUGUUCAACAGGUGUUUUUUCCCUACCAGUGUAAGUCAACACCCUGCAGGUUUGAAAGGACAAGAAGUCCCAACUAACCCCCCCCUCCUCCCUUCUCUACCCCCAACUCCCCGCCCCUGCCUCAUGGCCUUGGGGUUGAAGGUGAUAUCUGGUUCAGUAGAUGGUGUCAUCAGAAGGGAACAUUCUCUCCUGAGCUGGGACAGUAAAGAGUGGAAGUGAACAGGGCUGUCACCCCUGACACUCCAUCGUAGGCCCUUUCCUUGCCCAGCCCACGACUGCAUGUUCCAAUAACACUUCAUGUUUUACCUCUGUGUUAAAUCGUUGUUACAGCUGUCCUGUACCCUAUACUCAUCCAUGGGGUUGAUUAACAGCUUAAAGGAAAGGUUCUGACUGAAGGCUCUCUCAACUAUGGCUCUUACGAACUGCCUCAAAGGAAGUCCAGCGUUUUUAGCCUUCUUGAAUAUUGUCAUGCAUGUACAGUAAGUCUCUAACAGUGGUUUCUUUAAGCCAAAGGCCAUGUUGCGACUUGGCUGGACAUGACGGUGGGUUUAACUGGCAGGUUUAGUGACAGCCGGACGAGUGCUGACGUCAUCAGGAUGCUCACGUAAUUAUUGUAUAAUGUUUGACUGAGACCAUUUGUUGUCAUUAAUGUAUAUCAGAGGAGCCUGGUGGGAGGCGCUAUUGGAAGAUGGGCUCAUUGCAAUAAAUGUAAUGCUAUCAAACAUAUAGAAAACACGUUUGACAAUGUGCCCGUCCUCCUAUAGCUCAUCCCACUAGCCUCCUCUGAAGUAUGUUACUUUCACAUGGAAAUGACUGAGUUUUCUUUUUUUCUUUUUUUUUUAAACCUCAAGUCAAGAUUCAUGAAUACCAGUCAAAUGUGAUUCUGACUGCUCAUUUGCAGCACACCUCUGCCCAUUGUUCAUACUGACACAACUAGGAUAAUGUUAAAGACAGAAUGUCAUUUGGUUCCAUACCAGGGUUAUGGUUUAGUCCCAGCAUUCCUUGUAUGUGUAUGCAUAUAUCUUUGUUGAAUGCUUAAGCUCAUAUAACCUUUUGUAUGUUCGACCGAACCAAAGAUGCCUCUGGCCACGUCCACAUGCUGCUCUUCAGGCCUGGCUUCCUGUCCUUCCAAAAAACACCCCUGCAAGAGACAAAAUGACUUCUUUCUUUCCCGUCUUUUUCUUUUUUUUUGUACGAUUUCUAACUUUCUUUCUUUAGCAACUGCUUAUUCAAUUACUUUUUAAAAUUCUGUUUGAAGCCUUACCAGGCAUCAAGGAUAGUGAAAUUACCUGGUUGCACAGUUUAUUUUGUCAGAUUAUUUUCAUUAUAAUUUGUGCAACAAAAAAUAAAACCCCAUAGCGUGCCUCCUAGA